AUGUUCAAAUUCAACCAAAAUUUGAAAAGAUAUGAAUUUUUUAAAAUAUUUACAAACAACAUCACAAUUUAUUCUAUUUUUGGAUCAUUUGAUAGAAUUUUGAUACUUGGAUCAAAUAAGAAGUAUAAGCAAUAUGGUGUUGAUUUAGAAUAAGGUGAUAUGAAGUGUUUGGGAGAGACUUAGGAUUCUGGUUCAUCUCUCUCUUAAAUUCUAUUUUUGGAUGGAGGAAAAACAUUCAUAGAGAUAGGAUUUUCAAAGCAAAUGAAUUUAUGGAAAUAAGACAAUGAAGAAAUUAAGAUCUCACAAACAAUAGAGUUUUAAUAAAGAAUUAGUAGUGCUAGUGUUUCAAAAAAUAAAAAUGCUUUGAUAAUUGGUCUUAAUGAUGGAACUAUUAAGCUCUAUGCCUGA